CCUUCAGUUUGCGGAUAAUCCUCGGACCUGGCAACCCCCCGGCCCUCUGUUCGGAGCCUCCAUCCUGGCACUUUCCUUCAUCCUGGUACCUCGAAGUCCCCGGACCAAAAACAGGAAGUUCAGGAUGAGUUCAGCAGCAGAGGACGAAGACGCUGCAGCGUUAGAAAACGUCAAAUCUGUCACUCUGACUCAGGACAGCGACGGAAGCAUCAUCCUGCACUGUCCUCCAAACGACGAGGACUCAGAGCCCCUACAGAAGAAACUGCGUCUCUCUUCGGACGGACAUGAAGACUCGGACACGCCUCAGUUCUCUGUGGUCACGUUACCCAUAUCAGAGAACGAUGAAGGCUUCGAGGUGACGAUGACGGCCACGGCAGACGGAGAUCUCUCUGAGGAGGGCGUCGCUCAGAUUCAAAUUCUCCAGGAGGACGAGGACUCUCUCUCGCCCAAUCAGAAGGCAGAGGUGUCGCCCGUCAGUCAGGCCUGGUUCACCACCAAAGAGGACAAAGACACGCUGACUAACAAAGGUCACAAGUGGAAGCAGGGGAUGUGGUCGAAAGAGGAGAUCGAUAUUCUGAUGAGCAACAUCGAGCGAUACGUGAAGGGCCGAGGCAUUGAGGACCCGGCAGAGAUCAUCUUUGAGAUGUCCAAAGAGGAGAGGAAGGAUUUCUACCGCUCGGUGGCUCUAGGGUUAAACAGGCCGCUGUUCGCCGUCUACAGACGAGUGCUGCGAAUGUACGACAACAGGAACCACGUCGGGAAGUACACUCCUGAGGAGAUCGAGAAGCUGAAAGCGCUGAGGGAGAAACACGGGAACGACUGGGCGACCAUCGGAGCAGCUCUGGGUCGCAGCGCCUCUUCUGUCAAAGACCGCUGCCGACUGAUGAAGGACACGUGCAACACGGGUAAAUGGAGCGAGGAGGAGGAGAGGCGCCUGGCGGAGGUCGUGUACGAGAUGGCGGGCGUGACGCCUGGAUCGGCGGUCACUGGAGGAGUUUCCUGGGCGACGGUGGCCGAUCAGGUUCGCACGCGCUCAGAGAAGCAGUGUCGGUCGAAGUGGUUGAACUACUUGAACUGGAAACACAGCGGAGGGACGGAGUGGAUGAAGGAGGACGACCUCAGCCUCAUACGCAGGAUCGCAGAGCUGGAGGUGGAGGAUGAGAAUGAAAUAAAGUGGGAGGACCUUGCAGGCGGGUGGAGCAGCGUCCGGUCGCCUCAGUGGCUGCGAUCGAAGUGGUGGAGCAUCAAGAGACAAGUAGCCAAUCACAAGGAGAUCCCCUUCAGCGUCCUCCUAAAAGGUCUCCAGGAGUUGAUGGCGUCCUCACAGACCUCAUCCGGUCCAGGAAGUCCCUCCUCCUCCUCACUCCAGAUCCGCUUCACUCGGUUGGAGGAGAGCGGAGGAAGCAGCCCCGCCCCCAGCUCCGUGGCGGCACUUCAGAUCCCCGUUCAGAUCCCGCUGCAGAUCACACACCUGGCGUCAGACUCGACGGCAGCAGCGGUCAGCGACAGUGAGACCAUCACUCUGAACACCGGCGCUCUGCAGACCUUUGAGAUCCUGCCUUCCUUCCACCUGCAGCCAACCGGCACACCAGGAACCUACUACCUCCAGACGACGUCCAAUCAGGGCCUGCCGCUCAGCCUCUCCACCAGCCAAGGCCUUCCUCUCAGCUUACCCAACAACAGCACUGUUACGCUGACGACAGGCUCCUCCCCCUCGUCACAUGAGCACAUCAUCCUGCACAGCCUGUCGACGGACGGCCUCUGCUCAAGCGACGGCUCGGUCAUCAUACAGACGGUAACCUCUGAUCCCGCCUCCUCAGACCCUCUCGGCCAAUCGCAGCUGGUUGUGGAGACGGAGGGGCAGAGCCAGGAGGACCAGCUGGAUGCUACGUGUCUACUGGAGGGGUCGGAGGGCGUCGUGACGGAAACGCAGGAGCAGAUGACGGGCGGCUUCACGGACAAGGAGCUGAGUUCCUCUUCAGUCGACGCUCCAGUGGUGCAUUCUGGGAUAACGCCUGGCAGCGCCGUGUUGAUUGUGUCCCCCCCAAACAUCAGCAGCACACUGACAGAUCCAAUCUUGGAGAACCAGGAAGGCUCCGACUGAGCUGGACUACAGAAGGACUCUACUCCCGGUCCCGGUGGAGACCCCUCUCCUGCACUCGUCCCCUGUUUUAAAGCGGGACGUGAACAUAAGGAACAGACUGACGUGGUUGUAAAUGGACGUUUUUUGAAACCCUGGAUGAAAUGUGAACCGAGACGUCCUGCAGUGCCAAAGAGACUCUAACAGCUGUGAUGUGAUCCCUUUAACAUAAGACAUGUUUGUACUCACGCAUUCUCAUGGAACCCUGAAGAAGUACUUUUGGGGACAGAUUGAAUUUUCCUUUUGUCAUAAAUCAUGUGAUUGUUAAUUAUAAUAAACUAUUUCAAUUUGUUUUCCA